GUAAUGAGUUGGUGUCUGCUAGAAUUGGUUAAAAAUAGUAUCUUGUUAUCCUCCAAAAACUCCAAUAGUGUGCAACUCUGUUAAACUAAGAACAAUCCUGAUGUUGGUCGAGGAAGUCUUGAAUUCUUAAGUUAGGGAAGUACAAACCAAACAUCGGUAAACAUGCAAGUGGUGAGCUUCAGUAGGUGAAUAGCCCUUGUCCUGAGGUAGCCAGUAGGAUUGCUAUGAACAUUUAUUAGAUUUCUAGGGUGCUUGAUAGUCUUGUGAUUAGAGGAGAAUUAUUGUUUUUCUUAUUUAAGUCUGAUUUAUACUACAAACUUAGUAUUUAGAUAGUAUUUACAAACUUAGAUUUGAUAAAGCCUAUGGCUAAUAUUCCUAGAUGCACAAGUCUCAGUCUUACCUACUAGCACCUUUAAUUAUACUUGUGACAUAUUUGUGUCUUUAAAUCCUGAGAAUACUCCAUGCUUUCUCACCUGCUAAUCUCAAGGCAUAGGACAGCUUAUAUUUGAGUUGGCACCAUCUGUGAUGUAUCAUGUUAGCUGCAGUCUGUGUUGCUAAGCAAUACAGGCUCUUUUCCAUCAGGCAUAACCUUUUGUUUCUGCAACUUCGGGGCUUUUGGAAUGAAACUGAAAUCUAGCUCUUAAAAUAAACAGGAACCUUGUCAUUUGGUAAAUACAUUUUUAAAAACCCUUUCUGUUUACGUCUGCAAUGUGUUAAGGUGAGGCCUUCCUUGCCUAAAUAGUUCUCUGUUAGAUGGAAUUGCAUCCCUGAACGCUGCUCUCACAUGCAUUUAGUUCCUCGAUGUUUCCACUCCACUUAAAUGUGCAGCUGACUCAAAGCUGGAGAAGCAAUAGAACUUCAGAGAGCCUGGAAGGGAGCUCUAAAGCAAACUGGAAGAAUAGAAAAAGCUGCACAAGGUGUUUGCAGAGCGUUUUCACAUCCUAAAGUGUGUGUGAAGUGAGCUUCAAGGCUGUGGAAGACUGGAGAGGAAAGGGAUACAAUAAAGGAGUCAGAAUUGUCAUCUUUUGCAAAACAGCUGUGGAUUAAUUAUGCUAUGGCUGAAGACAUCAGUAUGUCAACAUAAAGGUAUUUCAAGGCUGUAUAGGGGUACCUUAUAGUAGAUAAAUGGUCCAUCGAAAUCAUUUCUGUUCUCAGUCUUCCUUUGAAGUACCCAUCGCCCAAAAGCUUCCUGAUACAAAAGAUGAACGACUGCUGGACACUGAGUUGCUGAGACGAGGUCUUGAUUUUAUUCGAGUUGAAGGUUUUGUGUUUUCUCAUGUUGCUGAUGAAGGGAUCAUAAAUGCCUGUGCAGGUAACCUGCUACGAUACAGAAAACUAAUUGGAGCAGAGAAUAUUCAGAUUUUUGCUGACAUUAAAAAAAAACACAGUGCUCAUGCCCUGACGGCAGAUGUCAGCGUGGCUGAGACCGCCUCUGCUGCUGAGCUCUUCCUGGCUGAUGGGGUGGUACUGACUGGUACGGCAACCGGGCUGCCUGCAGACCCUGGGGAGCUGAGAGAGGUUCAACAUGCUGUGAAGAUUCCUGUUUUGAUUGGAUCUGGAGUUACUCUGGAGAAUGUGAAGAAUUACUUGGAUGCAAAUGCUCUAAUAAUUGCAAGCUCCUUCAACUUUGUACUGCUUCAGACUAGCAUUAGUGACAUUACAAACUGCCAGGUUCCUUCCAGCACACAAGGUGUAAUUAUGAUGGAAUCAUUUCUACCAGAACUGACAGGUUCCUUUUUUCUGGACUAGCCUGUCUCCCACAUGCCUCCCAUCAAAAGCAGACAAAUAACUGUGGUGAGCUGACCUCUAGAGAAGCGAUUGUUUAGCCCCUAUGGCAGCCUUGGCAUUCUUCUGCUUAUCUCCAUUUUCCUCGUAAGUACGCUGACAAAGUUUCAGUGCAUAGAAAUUCUUCUAGGGGCGUCUUUAUUGUGAGUGGCACUACUUCUUGAGUCCACAUUUACACAGGCGAUUUAAUCUGCUGAGCGUUUGGACUUCCAUCAAAACUACUUGUCAUAAAAAAAGGAGCAUGCGUGGAUGAGCCACUUGCAAGAAGUAAAAUUAAGGGAAAAAACAAUGAAGGAAAAAAAAGAAGGUGAGGUCACCCUCAGUCACCUCCAGCUCUCUCUCCCAGCUGCUGGUGUAGGCAGAGCACAAAUAGUUGAGGAUCACGGAAAUGCUUUCUAAGUUCUUUUCUCCACACACUCAUUCACUCUCAGCAUAUUCUGAGGUAUUUAUCAGGUCAGCCAAUGAUCUCAUUUAACAUCUAAGUUGUUUGAGUUCCAUCCUAUGCCCUCUUUAUUGAGGAGAAUUAUCAUGCUAAAUAAAAUAACUUAGGUCUUAGUGACAUCAGUAUGCUUAGAUUAGCACACUUUCACCUUUCUGUGAUAAGCACUGUUAGGGUUUUCAUAGUUUUCAUUGUUUCACAGAAGAUGUAGUGGUGUUUGGGCCAAAACAUAUUUUCUGUUGUUAAUAACCUCAGAAGUUAUUUUCAGUAAAUUCGUAAGCUAGGAAGGCUGACAUGAGCAAACACUUGCACGUAGUCAGGUGAAAACUACGAGCGGUAUUACUGUUUAGUGAUAAUUAUAUGUGAGGAAUGGAAUGCCGUUGCCACAAGUCACAUUAAUUACUGUAUGAAAAUAAUACGUGCUACCACCACGUUGAGUUGGCUUGUACUCAUUCUCUUCUUAAAAACCAGAAGCGAUUGUGACUUUGAGGGGCUUUUCAUUCCUAAAAGGUAAGGGAGAACUACUUUGUUUAGACCUCGCGUGCAGCACGGAAGUACUGCUGUACAUGGUCUUUGUAUGAGGAAAGCCUAGUGUAUUUGUGUCAUACUCAUAACACGUCCCAGUACUACAGGCAGUCCUUGCACCAUCAGUACUUCAUUUCACACUGUGUAACACUUAGAGGACAGGCUGUGAGUUGGACUUGUGUUAUUACAGAUAAACUCUAAGUGCAAAUCGUAGGGACUGCAGGCAAAGGAAAGCCGAUUUGAAAGCCUGGAAAUGUGAUUGAUCACCAGCUCUCUAUCAUUCUUUGUGCUGAAAGUAUUUGUCUGGCAGCAUUAAGCAUCUGCUUGCUUGUUUCACACAGAUGCUGUAAGUAGAAUUUGACCUUUUGUUCGGAAAGUGUUUGAAUGUUUAAUGUAAAAAAUAUGAAGUUAUCAGAAAGGCUGCCUCUUUUGGGAAGAGCAUUCAAUUUUUAUACAGCCCGAGUUCUUAAAGUACUUUGGAGCAUGAAUAACUUCAGAGCAGAACAAAGAAGGCAGCGCUAAUGUGUAGAAACUCCAGAAGUAAAUAACAGCUGUUCAAGAAGACUUCUAUUAAAUAUGUAUUAAUUAAUUUGAAGUGCAUCACUUAAAUGUGUGAAGAGAUUAUCUUGUGUUAAUUUACAUUAAAACACACAGCACUUCUUAGCCUCAUUACUGUAUCCUAAGUGUAUCCUAAGCUAUCACCUCAUUCCACACUGAACAUUUUGUUGGGUUUUGAUUGCUUUCGAUUUGCCCUUUUAAAAUGUCAGAUAGUGGCCUCUUUCUUGAUGGUUCUCUUCUUUCUCAUGCAUUUUAUUCUUUCAUGGCUACUGUGUGUACUUGUGUCCAUUAUGUGAUUAACAGAAAGAUCAUGAAAGUGUAUCAGUGACCACUCACAGCUCAGUUCCUUGAUGUGUCCACCUGAACUUUGUGUGUGGUUUUCACUGUUGACUUGUGAACCAGAAGGAAGAAUACAAAGGUAUUAAUGUGAUACCUUUAGUAUUACCUCUAGUAGAGGAAAGACACCUAGAAAAAAAUGGGAUUUCUUUAGUGAAGUUACAGAGAUAUAAAACUUGCUGAUAAUAAUAGUAGACUUUGUGAUCUAAAUCAAUCUAUAAAUCUCAUUCCAUUCAUAACACCAAAGUGUUUUAUCCUACAGGGUAACCUGAAGAGCUGCGAUUCUGGACAGUCACACUAGCUUAAAAAGCCUAUCUCCUAAUUCUGGGUUUAAACUUCUGAGCUUUACCUUUGUCAUCCGACUUCUGACUCCCAUGAGAAAGUACUAGUUAGCCCACAGCAUUUUAUAGCAGUUCUUGUUCCUGCACCUAUUGUAGCAGACUCAUUGCUGAGAGAAAACUGAAGAAUAUAAAGGACUUGCAGGCUGGUUGUGGCAGAGCAGGAAAGGGGAAGGAAACUAGAAUACCUGGCUGUAGCAAGAUCUUGAAGUCCAUGACAAAUUAUUACAUAGCAUGAUUCUCUUGAGAGAAGUGAAUGGGGAUGUUUAUCCCUCUUGACUGUAGUUUCAGGUUGUUUGCAGCCUCUUCAGUUAAGACUUCAUGAGUUUGCACCUGGGUUACGUUUCCAGGAUCAUGUCUGUUUGUAUGUGUGCUUAGGGAGACAUCUUUUGCUAAAUGAAAGCUGCAGUUUAGCAGGAUAAUUAUGGCAAUAGGGAUGAUAUCUGUAGCAAAAUCCAGGCUUGGAAUUUGCAGUUCCUUUCUUUUGGAGCAGAUUUAGAGACAGUGUGUUUUUCCUAAAAAAAAAAAAAAAAAAAAA